AUGCGCACAGCUCCAUAUGGCUCCAAGAUGGCUGACACAGCGUCCGGGGGCUCCAGCACGAGGGGCAGCAAGCAGGCCGGCACCCCCGCAGACAAUUACCAGCUGGCGCGGCGCCGCACGCUGCAGGUCGUGGUGAGCUCGCUGCUGACCGAGGCCGGGUUCGAGAGCGCCGAGAAGGCGGCGGUGGAGACGCUCACCGAGAUGAUCCAGAGCUAUAUCUCGGAGAUCGGGAGGAGCGCCAAAUCCUACUGCGAGCACACGGCCAGGACCCAGCCCACGCUCUCGGACAUCGUGGUGACCCUGGUGGAGAUGGGCUUCAACGUGGAAACCCUCCCAGCCUACGCCAAGCGUUCCCAGAGGAUGGUGAUCACUGCCCCUCCAGUGACAAACCAGCCCGUGACCCCCAAGGCUCUGACAGCCGGGCAGAACAAACCUCACCCUCCCCACAUUCCUGGCCAUUUCCCGGAGUUCCCAGAUCCUCACACCUACAUCAAGACACCAACGUACCGCGAGCCCGUGUGCGAUUACCAGGUGCUGCGGGAGAAGGCGGCGUCGCAGCGCCGGGACGUGGAGAGGGCCCUCACCCGCUUCAUGGCCAAGACUGGCGAGACCCAGAGCCUCUUCAAGGACGACGUCAGCACCUUCCCACUGAUUGCUGCCAGGCCCUUCACCGUGCCCUACCUGACGGCGCUGCUGCCCUCGGAGCUGGAGAUGCAGCAGAUGGAGGAGACGGAUUCCUCGGAGCAGGACGAGCAGACGGACACCGAGAACCUCCCGCUGCACAUGAGCACGGACGAGGCGGGGGCCGAGAAGGAGAACAGCUCGGUGCUGCAGCAGAGCAGCUCCCUGGCGGGCAGCAGGAACGGCGAGGAGAACGUCAUCGACAACCCCUACCUGAGGCCCGUCAAGAAACCCAAAAUCCGCAGGAAGAAGUGAAGGGAACGGUUCCCGAAAUUCCCCUCAGGAGGGGCUGCCCGGCUGAGGAGGGGUCUCUGGGCCCACUCCCACCCUGCUCUCCCUCUGCUCACUGCCCUGGGCCAGGAGAACCCCUGGGAAUGGGCCGGGGGGCUUCGGGCUCUGCUCUGGGGGGAUUUCAUUGCUGAGGGGCUGAGAGAGCCAGGGAUUGGAUUUGGAUUUGGAGGACACAGGAAUUGGAUUUGAAUUUGGAUUUAGAGGACACAGGAAUUGGAUUUGAAUUUGGAUUUGGAGGACACAGGGGCUGGAUUUGGAUUUGGAGGACCAAGGGAUUGGAUUUGGAUUCGGAUUUGGAGAACCAAGCGAUUGGAUUUGGAGGAACCCAGGGGUUGGAUUUGAAGGACAUAGGGGUUGGAGGGACACAGGGGUUGGAUUUGGAUUUGGAUUUGGAUUUGGAUUUGGAGGACACAGGGGUUGGAUGUGGGGACCCAAGGACUGGAUUUGGAUUUGGAGAACCCAGGGAUUGGAUUUGGAUUCGGAUUCGGAUUUGGAUUUGGAUUUGGAGGACCAAGGGAUUGGAUUUGGAGCACCCAAGGGUUGGAUUUGGAGGACACAGGAGCUGGAGCUGAGGGAUCCAGGGCUUGGAGGGACACCCCUUGGAGGGGUUGGAUUUGGAUUUAAAUUUGGAUUUGGAGGACACAGGGGCUGGAUUUGGAUUUGGAGAACCAAGCGAUUGGAUUUGGA